GAGGAUGUUUUGAGAGAGAGAGAAAAAAAAAUCGAUUCAACGUUCAAGUAACCAAAUGCCCUCAAGAUGAAGAGUCUUUUCAUUCUUGCCGACACAGCAUGGGUGGGUUCUAACCUGCUCUACAAGUGGCAGAAAACUCUUGGCAACUACAUUGCUGUCGCAGGACAGGACAACUCAGUGAAAAUAUUUGAUCGACAUGGACACAAGUGGACUGAGCUCAGCCUUCCUGGGCGCUGUGUGGGGAUGGACUGGGAUAAGGAUGGGGACAUUCUAGCAGUGAUAGCUGCAAAAUCCAGUUCCAUCUACCUCUGGGAUGCCAGUGUCAAUAAAACAUCCCAGAUAGACAGUGGCAUGAGGGAUCAAAUGUCCUUCCUCUUGUGGUCAAAGACUGGCCCGCUGUUGGCAGUCGGGACAGCCAAAGGAAACCUGUUGAUCUACAAUCAGCAGACCUCUCGCAAGAUCCCUGUGCUGGGUAAACACACCAAGAAGAUCACCUGUGGGUGCUGGAGUACUCAGAAUCUCCUGGCUCUGGGAAGUGAUGACAACACACUGAGCAUCAGCAAUCACGAGGGGGACACCAUCAGACAGACAACUCUUCGUGGUGAGCCCGCUGAAAUUAAUUUUUCGGUCAUGAAGACUGAUGAAAGGUCUGCUCAAGGAGAGAGCACUGUGAGUGUGUCAGUAGGCAAGAAGAAUCUGGUGCUUUUCAAUGUCAACGACCCUGAAAACCGAAUAGAGCUGGCCUUCCAGCAGCGCUAUGGGAACAUUGUGUCCUACCGCUGGUACGGUGAUGGGUAUAUCCUCAUUGGCUUCUCACUUGGAUACUUUGUGGUUAUUUCCACACACAUCAGGGAGAUAGGGCAUGAGCUCUAUCAGGCUCACAACCACAAAGAUAGCCUCAACAGUGUGGCCAUCUCACCAGCACUAAACAAGGCUGCUUCAUGUGGGGACAACAGCAUAAAGAUCUGUGAGCUGUCUGAUCUCAAAGAUAUCAGCAAUGUGGUUCAGCUGGAUGAUGAGACUAAAGGUCUGGAUCAGCUGAGCUGGACAGAUGACGGCCAGCUGCUGGCUAUUUCCACACAGAAAGGGACACUCCAUGUCUUCCUGACCAAGCUGCCUAUCCUGGGUGACAGCUUUAGUACCAGGCUGGCCUACCUCACCUCCCUGCUGGAGGUCACCAUCUCCAACCAAGUGGAGGGGGAGAGUCCUGUGGCCAUAGAAGUAGAAGUAGAGCCCACGUUUAUUGCAGUGGGACCGUACCAUGUGGCUGUGGGGAUGAACAACAGAGCCUGGUUUUACGCCCUAGUAGACCAAGAACCUGGUUUUAAAAAGCUGAAGGACAUUGAGUAUUUGGGGACAAUAGCCAGCAUGUGCCUCAACGCAGACUACGCAGCAGCGCUGUUUGAGGGAAAAGUGCAGCUGCACAUAAUUGAAGACAAAGACCACGAGGAGAAGAAGCCGAUGAAGCUUUUUCCAGACGAUGACGGAAAAGGCCGGAUACUUUACCAUGCCCUCACCGCUGACUUUCUCUACUACAGCACUGAUUCAGGUAAUGUGGUCUGUGUCUUGGUGGAGGACUGGGAGACAGUGAGCAGCUACAAUCACUCAGUCGGAGUGAGGAAAGUGUUUCCUGACCUAAAUGGCACACGACUGGUGUUCAUUGAUGACAAGAAUGGCGGCUUCCUGCUCUCCCCAGCAAACGCAACAGUCUCCUGUGUCGAGCUCCCCAACUUCUCUCCUACCAUCACAGGGAUACUGUGGGACAACUGGCAUGCGGACAGAGGAGUGUUUGUAGCUUAUGACGAUGACAAGGUCUACACCUAUGCCUUACAUAAAACAACCAUAUAUGGCCCACAGGUGGUGUUGGUGGGAAGCACUGCACUUCCCUUUUCCCAGAAACCUUUGCUCUUGUACAACGGUGAGCUGACUUGUCAGACGGCAAGCGGGAAGACCAGCGAGGUGUCUUUGAGCACACACUCGUUCCUCAAGCGCUCAAGUGGCACAGAUUCAGUGCCAGAGCUCAGCAAGCAGCUCGCCCAGGCUAUUAUGCUCAAAAGGUUCCAUGAGGCCUGGGAUCUGUGCAAGUCUGCAGGCAGUAAAGCCGACUGGGCAGAGUUAGGCAAAGCCUGUCUGGUCCACAUGGAGGUUGAGUUGGCCAUCCAGGUCUACCGCAUGAGUGGCAAUGUGGGCAUGGUCCUGUCACUGCAAGAUAUCCAGGGUAUAGAGGACAAGAGUUUACUGGCAGGACAUUUGGCUAUGUUUCUGGGUGACUACAACCUGGCUCAAGACCUUUAUCUGUCCUCGUGCUCCCCUAUCGCUGCCCUGGAGAUGAGAAGAGACCUGUUGCACUGGGACAGCGCUCUUAUGUUGGCCAAGAGACUCGCAGAAGACCAGAUUCCCUUUAUAUCCAAAGAGUAUGCUGUCCAUCUAGAGUUUAUUGGAGAUUAUGUAAAUGCACUGGCACACUAUGAAAAAGGAAUGACGCAAAAUAAUAAAGACCAUGACGAGGCGUGCCAGGCAGGUGUAGCCAGGAUGUCCAUCAGGAUGGGUGACAUCAGGAGAGGAGCAGCUCAGGCUAUUCAGCACCCAAGCAGAGUCCUCAAGAAGGAAUGUGGAGCCAUACUGGAGAGCAUGAAGCAAUUCUCUGAAGCCGCUCAGCUCUAUGAAAAAGGUCAAUAUUACGACAAAGCUGCAUCCGUCUACAUUCGCUGCAAGAAUUGGGCGAAGGUGGGAGAGUUGCUCCCAAAUGUCUCCUCUCCCAAGAUUCACCUCCAGUAUGCAAAGGCCAAGGAGGCAGACGGCAAGUAUAAGGACGCAGCACGUGCCUAUGAAAGUGCGAAAGACUGGGACAACGUGAUCCGUGUGCUGCUGGACCACUUGAACAAUCCCGAGGAUGCUGUUCGUGUCGUUAGGGAGACACAGAGCAUCGAUGGAGCAAAGAUGGUUGCCAGGUUCUUCCUGCGGUUGAAUGACUAUGGCUCAGCCAUCCACUUCCUGGUUCUGUCUCAGUGCAAUGAUGAAGCUUUCCAGCUGGCGCAGCAGCAUGGACAGAUGGAGGUCUAUGCAGACAUCAUCGGCUCUGAUGCGACACAGGAGGACUACCAGAGCAUUGCUCUCUACUUUGAGGGAGAGAAAAAACACCUGCAGGCUGGCAAGUUCUUUCAGAAGUGUGGGCAGUACAGCAGAGCCCUGAAGCACUUCCUGAAGUGUCCCAACAACGAAGACAAUAUGGCAAUUGAGAUGGCUAUUGAGACGGUGGGCCAGGCCAAGGAUGCCUCUUUGACCAAUCAGCUGAUAGAUUACUUGAUGGGGGAAAGUGACGGUAUGCCGAAGGAUGCAAAGUACCUGUUCCGUCUGUAUAUGGCUCUGCAGCAGUACAGGGAAGCUGCUCGCACUGCCAUCAUCAUCGCCAGAGAGGAGCAGUGUGCAGGUAACUACCGUAACGCCCAUGAUGUGCUGUUCAGCAUGUACACAGAGCUGCAGGCUCAGAAGAUUAAGAUCCCUGCUGAGAUGGCCACCAAUCUGAUGAUCCUCCACUCCUAUCUGCUGGUCAAGAUCCAUGUAAAGAGAGGAGACCACCUGAAAGGAGCGCGCUUGCUCAUUCGUGUCAGCAACACCAUCAGCAAGUUUCCUGCACAUGUUGUUCCCAUUCUGACGUCAGCAGUAAUCGAAUGUCACCGUGCUGGACUCAAGAACUCUGCCUUCAGCUUCGCUGCCAUGUUGAUGAGACCAGAGUACCGAAAUGAUAUCGACACAAAGUACAGGAAGAAGAUUGAGGCUAUGGUUCGACGUCCUGACACAUCAGAGCUGGAGGAGGAGACUACUCCAUGUCCCUUCUGUGGCUUCCAGCUGCCACAGAAUGAACUGCUGUGUAUUUCCUGCAAGAACAACAUUCCUUACUGCAUCGCCACGGGUCGUCAUAUGCUGAAAGAAGACUGGUCCAUCUGUCCUCAUUGUGAAUUCCCUGCUCUCUUCUCACAGUUUAUUCUGCUGCUGGAAACUGAGACAACAUGUCCCAUGUGCUCUGAGAGUCUGAGCGCCACACAGGUGAAGAAGAUCUCUGAUUGUUCGAAAUACCUGCAGACUGAUGAACUGGAUUAAUGAAGAAAAACAAUAAAAUAAACUAAACACCAACCAUGAGACCAAAUGUAAAGUAAAAAUGUAUAUUUUGCUUAAAUUGUAUAUUUAAGACUGUUUGUCACAGUGGGAAUCGUUUUUCUACGCUUCUUUUGUUUUUAACUAAAAGUUUGCAUUUCCUGGUGGAACUUCUGCACAGAAGUGUUAGGAAACCACAGGAGUUCGUUUUCUUUCUAACUGCAAUCGUACAAACUUGUGCCUGAGCAGGCACAGCUGCUCCGCCUGGUGCUGUGGUCACAGCCAGCAGCAGUUAUCUCUUUCGUUGCACGGCUCAGCUUUGGAUGAGAGGAAAUGCAAGCAUUGCAAACGAAUGCAAAAAUAGCAGAGAAAAAGAAUUUCCCACCACACCUCUUAGAGGGUUGUGAAUUUUUACAAUAUUCUGUAUUCAUAUUUGCAAAAACUUUUUGAGGGUGAUUUUACGAUUUUAAAUUUGAGUAAAACAUUGUAAAUGAAGGGGCUAAAGAUGCUUCAAACAAAUGUUUCUGUACGAAUGAGAAUAUUUGAAUUUCUGUCAGUACUAUGACAGUUACUAUCAUUAAUGGAGUAAUCCUAUUUUCUCAAAUAUAUAUGUCAAAAUAGCAAAAGGUGGCAAAUUGCUCUUGUUUUGUGAAAUAAACUGUUCAAAACCCAA